AUGAGGGAACUCGAGGCCGUGACCAAGGUGUUCGCUGACUUCGACCCCGGGGGCGACGUGGAUAAGUUCAUCGACAAGAGGAGGUCCAUGGACCACGUGCCGCUCUACCGCGUGGCGCUGUCCCUCCUCGACUGGGCGGGCAUCUCGGACCAAGAGCCGCAGAAACGCGCCUCUGGCAGCGGGGGAGUCGGGGACGGCGGGGGUGAUUGGGGGACGGGCGGAAACAACUCGCGGCACGCCCGCAGCGGCAGCAUCACCGGCGGCGGGGACGGCAGCGUCAUCAACGGCAGCAGUGUCCACGGCGGCAGCGUUGUCAACGGCAACGGCGGCGUGAGUGCGACCACCCUCCCCGUGGCGACGCCGCUGAGCGACGGGAGGAUGCGGGCCCUGCCUUCGAUGCCGGCCGCGGCGGAGGCGGCGACGGUGUUCGGGCAGAGGGGGUCCGACGAUGGCGACGAGCUCCACGCCUCCCAGGAGAUGGUCGACUUCAGCGGCGUGGAUAGCGCGCGCCUGAGCCGUGGCGCCAUCGAGAGCUCGCUGCACGACGACCGCCAUAGCGCCACCGGCAGCGUCGUCGGCGGUGGCGAUGACGGAGAUCACGCCGUAGGCGCAGACGAGGAUGCGGGCGCGACGUCGGAGGAAGCGCGGCGCAGGGAGAGGGACGAGGCGGCGCGGAUCGAUGCCCUCCUGCGCGGGUUGAUCCCUGACAAGAAGCGGGACGAGGAGGCGGUGGCGGCGGCGGCGGCGGCGGUGGCGUUUCCGGCAACCGCGGUGGCGUCGAGCCCGCGAUCCCCGACGAUGAAGACGUGGGUCGGGGGGGGACAAGUCACCGGGCGGAAGGGGUUUAUCUUGGGCGACGACGAAGACGACGACGAGGAGGAGAGCGACAGCGGCGGCGGCGGGGGUGGCGGCGGGCGGCGAAGAGAUCGUCGCCACAGCAGCAAGACUGCAGCAGAUGGCGACGUCAUCGCCGCCGCAGCAGCGGCGCGGGCGGCCGGAGCAUCCGGCGGCGGCAGUCCAAGAGCACACUCGACCGCGAGGAGGGAAGAGGAUCGGGAUGCUGCAGCUGGCGCUGCCGCGGCCGCCGGCGUCGUCCCCGAGCCCGUGCUGGGAGUGGAAGGGCAGGCGGAGGGAGACGAAGGGUUUGUGGUUGUCGGUGGCGAGGUGACGGCGGAACAGGCGAGGAAGGAGCUCGAGGUCCUCGUGCGGUCGGAGAGCGGGAGGUCUCGGUUCCUACAGGUGCUGAACGAGCGAAGGUCAGAGGCCACAGAAGUCACCCCCGAGGCCUACGACGCGCUGGUCGGCACGCUCGAGGUCUUCCUCGACGGCUGCGGUCCUGCUCCCCCUCCGGCGUCCCUGCUGGCGGCGAGGGCGGCCGGCCGCGGGUGGUCCCCGGCACCGCCGGGCACCCCGGCCCCGUUGAUUAUGGUCCCGCCGUCGAGAAGGGCGGCGUCGGUGGGGGUAGGCCGGCCGCCGUCCGCACCCCCGGCGACCCCGACAACGGCGCCGCUGCUAGCGAGGGGGCCGAAGGAGCGGUCGUCGUCGUCGGUGGGCGGCAGGGCGGACAACAGCAGCAGCAGCAGCAUCAAGCGUGCGCCGCCGGCGCCAGCAUCGGAGAGGGCGCGGCGUUUUUCGUCUGCGUCUCUGAUUGUCAACACCGCGCGAGGGGGGGGGGGCAGGUCGGCGGCCUCACCCCCGGGGUCUCCGCCCGCGGGGGCGUUUGUUGGGCCGGCGAGCCGGACGUGGAGGAGGAAGAGCGGCGCCGGGCUUGAGGCCGGCGGAGGAAGCUACAGCAAGGGCGAGGGCGACGCUAUCGAAGUUUUGGAUGCUCCAGCAGCAGCAGCAGCAGCAGCAGCAGCAGCAUCGGAGGAAGACGAAGAAGAAAGGGCGGACAGCGUCUCGUCCGAAGCUACGUCCUUGUCCUCCUCCCCCGAAGACACGGACGGCGACGGCGGCGGUGGCUCCCCCAGGUCCUGCUUCAGCCUCGGCACCGCGGCGACCUCGGACAGACUGCCGCCGGGCAUGCGCCUGGGCCCGGCCUCCCGAGUCAUCCACGGAAAGCCGCCCGCCGCCGCCGCCGCCGCCGCCGCCGCCGCGGCGCCAGCUUCCGCGACCGCCGUCGCUACCCCGGUCCCCUCCACCCCGCACGUCAUCAAGCCGGGGGGUAGGCACAGCUCGGUAUCCGGCAGGAACGGCGCCCGGCAGCAGAAGAGCACUGGAGCUAACCUUUUCGAGUUCGCCGCGUCGAUCAUGCGGGGCAAUAGCAGCAGCGGCGGCGGUGGUCCGGGCCGGGGUUGGGGGGGGGGGGGUCGAGGUGCUGCGGGGUGGAGCGACGUGAGGGGUGGUGGCCCGGGCGGGAAGGGAGGGGCGACAUCGUCCGUCAGCAUGGGCGCUAGUGGUGUGCGAGGUACCCAAGCAGGCGGCAGUGGUGGAGGAAACAUGGCCACCCCCGGGUGGUUCGACCAGACACCCUUCUCCACUCCCGGCGGCGGCAGCGGCGGCGGCGGCGGCCACUAUCCUGCCCAAAGGGCGACCGCCCAGGGAGCGCUGGCGGAGACGGUGGAGUUGGCCCUCGGCAGGGGGAGAACGACCGCGGCCAGCCGCGGGCAAGGCGCGGGGGGGCUGUUCGAUAACCGUGGGGAGGGGGGGGGCACGGCGGCUGGGAACGGCAUGGAAGGGUACCUUGAUAUCCGGAGCGCGCGACAGGCGAUGAUCUUGGCCAACACGUUCUUCAAGACCGAGAAGGGAGGGGGCUCCGCGAAAGGAGGCGAGGGCGGGGGGGUGGACUCCAAGAGUGGAGGUGGGCGACAGGGCCGGACGUAUCUGCUGAGGGAGCUCCGAGAUCAUCCCCUGUGGAAGCACCCACGGUUCUGGCACGAGGCGCUGAUGCUUGGUGUCAAGGAGCAGCUCCAGGAGGGUCCUGCCAACGCCAGCCGGUGGGACGACCUGCACGGAGAGGCUAGGAGAGAGGCAGUCGCCAGGACGCACAACGUGGUCUUCUCACAGCUCGCGUCGAUAGCCUUCAACAUGCUCGAGUGCGGGGUUGACGGGGCGCGGGUGAGGAGCGACGUCACUCGCAAGUGCAGGGAGAGCCAGCUGGGAGAAGCACAGGUGCAAGAGCUGUUGCGAGACUUGGACCGUCGAAUACGUCUCUCUGACGGGGACCCCGCGGACGAAGGCCUCCAGGCCUACUCGCUCACCUCCCCAGCGCGUGACGGCAAGAACCCCCCCCGAACCGGCACCAUUAGGCCCGCCACCUCCGCCGUAGGCGUGUCGCCUGCUGCUGCGGGGGUGGUGCCCUCCGCCUCGUCUACGAAGACGAAGACAGCGUUCGCCGCUGGAACGCCGGCUGCUGACUCGACCACGGCGAUUGUUCCUGCUCGUGCAAGGUCCAGGUCGGCGGCGGCAGUUGCGUUCUCGCGAUCGUUGGCGAAAGCUACGGGCGACGCCCCCGGCGAUGCGGCGGCGGCGCCGGCGGCGGGGGAGCGGGUCUCCCAGGAUGCAGCAGCAGCAGCAGUAGCGGCAGCCGCCAACCACUCUUCUGUGGAGGGGGCGGCGCACAAAUCCGCCGUCCGCGUGCUGUUUCCCACGGCCGAUGGUAGUAGUAGUAAUAGUGCGAUGAAAGCACUGUCCCCGGGCGGGGGUGCCUCUGGCACCCGCGAGCGAGCUCGUACUUCCGUGUCACAGGCAGCUGGCACCGCUGGCACCCGCGAGCGAGCUCAUACUUUUGUGUCACGGGCACCUGCCACCGCUGGCACCCGCGAGCGAGCUGGUACUUCCGUGUCACAGGCAGCUGGCACCGCUGGCACCCGCGAGCGAGCUCAUACUUCUGUGUCACAGGCAGCUAGCACCGCUGGCACCCGCGAGCGAGCUCAUACUUCUGUGUCACGGGCACCUGCCACCGCUGGCACCCGCGAGCGAGCUGGUACUUCUGUGUCACAGGCGGCUGCCACCGCUGAGAUGACAAAUGACGAGGAGUAUGACAUGCUCUAA